ACAGAGAGAGCAGCUCAUGGAGUGCUAAAGUGCUUUAUCCAAAGAGAGGACAACUGCCUUUCUCCCUACUACUUUUUCUGCAAACCUAUAUCUAUUCCACUCACUCCUCCUUCUAUCUCUAUCUUCCUCUUCUUAGUUAUUUUUCUCUCUUUAAUCACUUUUCAGUCCCUCCCUUCUCUCCCCGGCUCUUUGUUUCUGUCUUUCACCCAACCCUCUCCUGCCGUCCAGUCUGUUACCUCUCUACUGGCUCUAUAUGGUUGACUGAGUGACCGACCAGGGACCAGUGGAGUGAGUGUCCGUGUCCGGGACUGUGGAGGACUUUCCGGGAGAGUCAGGAUGGCGGUGAACUUUGCGGAGGUGCGGGGUCGGGUGAAGAAUGUGUGUGCGCAGAACGGGCUCCUCAUCCUGUCUGUGUUGGCUGUGGUCAUUGGCUGUAUGAUGGGGUUCCACCUGCGGGGCAAGCAGCUCUCCGACCAGGAGGUGAAGUACUUCCAGUUUCCUGGAGAGCUCCUGAUGAGGAUGUUGAAGAUGCUCAUUCUGCCCCUCGUCGUCUCCAGUUUGAUGUCGGGGCUAGCAGCCUUGGAUGCCAAGUGUUCCAGCCGCCUGGGCAUCAUGACCGUCUCCUACUACCUGUGGACCACCUUUGUGGCGGUGGUGGUGGGCAUCCUCAUGGUUACCAUCAUCCACCCAGGGGGCGCCGCCCAGAAGGAGGACAACGAGGACAGCGGCAAGCCAAUCAUGAGCUCCGCUGACGCCCUGCUUGAUCUGAUUCGAAACAUGUUCCCAGCCAACUUGGUCCAAGCAACUUUCCAACAGUACCGUACCAGGAGUAUCCCCAUCAUGAAGGCCCCCCCACCCACGGUGGCAGCCUCCCUGAUGGAGAGCACCACCCGGAGGGUCUAUAUCUACGGUGUCCAGGACGACAACGGCACCGACAUCCAGAACUUCUCCCUGGACUUGACACCUCCGCCUGACAUCCAGAUGCGCACACUGCCCGGGACCAGCGAUGGCAUGAACGUCCUGGGGAUCGUCAUCUUUUCCGCCACCAUGGGUAUCAUGCUGGGAAGAAUGGGGCCUAAUGGCAGCGCCUUGGUCAACUUCUGUCAGAGUCUGAACGAGGCUGUUCUGAAGAUUGUCGCCAUAGUGAUUUGGUACUUCCCUUUUGGCAUUGUGUUCCUGGUUGCCGGUAAGAUCCUGGAGAUGGACGACCCGUCGGCCAUGGGGAAGAAGUUGGGGUUCUACGCUAUCACCGUGGUGAUGGGGCUGGUGCUGCACGGUCUCUUCAUCCUACCAGCCAUGUACUUCUUCAUCACCAAGAAGAGUCCCAUCGUCUACAUCAGGGGCAUCCUGCAGGCCCUGCUCAUCUCCCUGGCAACCUCGUCCAGCUCUGCCACACUGCCUAUAACCUUCAAGUGCCUCCUGGAGAACAACCACAUCGACCGACGCAUCAUCCGCUUCGUACUCCCCGUGGGCGCCACCAUCAACAUGGACGGGACGGCACUCUAUGAGGCAGUGGCGGCCAUCUUCAUCGCCCAGGUUAACAACUACGAAUUGGACUUUGGCCAGAUCAUCACUAUCAGUAUCACAGCCACAGCUGCCAGUAUUGGUGCAGCUGGAAUUCCGCAGGCAGGACUGGUCACCAUGGUGAUCGUGCUAACCUCAGUGGGCCUGCCCACUGAUGACAUCACACUCAUCAUUGCUGUGGAUUGGGCAUUAGACCGUUUCAGGACAAUGGUCAACGUGAUGGGAGACGCUUUGGCCACGGGGAUCAUGGCUCACAUCUGUAGAAAAGAUUUUGUCAAGGAGGGAGAGCAGGUACCUUUGAUCUGUGAGACCAAGCCCAUGGUCAGCAUCCAGCAGAUGACGUACCAGAAGAACGGUGGGUACCAGCCCCCUCCCUGCGGACCGGGGGGCCCGGACGUGGCUCGUCUGAUGCAGCUGGAGGAGGGGGUACGGCCUGAGCAAAGGAAGAGGAACCCCCACGCUCCCCAAAACAAGAGGGAGCACAAGGACAAGGACCACUGCUCCAUCGACAUGAAUGGCCUGGAGACCAACGUAUAGACAUAGUUAUCAUUGAGCUGCAUCCUGAUUCGUCACACUUCUCCCAAAGAGUGCAUUUGCACACUCCCGGUCAUGAAUCUAAUAAUGGUGGCUCUAACAACUCCCUCCAGCCAAUUCUUAGCCUACACCAAUCAUACGCUUUUAAGUCCAUGAUGAGAAGUGGGAAAAUGCAUACUUUGGAAAAAGUGUGGAGUAACUGAAUGCAGCCAGUAUCAUAGCUACAGGGGAGAGAGGGAGAGAGGAAGGACUGACUAACUGCACCAGAGCUCGGGAUGACCAACCCGACCCAUGCUGGCACAAAAUACGAUUUUCUACAUUACGUAUAUUACGACCCACUAUGAUUGUGUAUAUUUUUGUGUAUAUAUUUACAAGACUUAUUAUACUAUGCACCAGCAGCAGAGUGAUAUGGUGGGAGACAUUCUGUACAUUGAGACAUUCUAUAUGAUGAGACAUUCUAUAUGAAGUGCAAACAUUCUAUUUAUUGAGGAGACAUUCUCUAUGAUGAGGAGACAUUUCAUACAAUGAGAAGACAUUUUGCACAGUUUAUUAGGUACACCACCACGUUCAAUGGUUUGCUCCUACAGCCAGUAAAUCAUGUGGCUGUGGCUUGCUAUAUAAAGCAGGCAGACAGGCAUCGAGGCAAUCAGUUACUGUGACCUAAGCGACUGAGCGUAGUAUGAUUGUCGGUGCCAGGCGCACCGGCUCCAGUAUCUCAGAAAUGGAUGAACUCCUAGGCUUUUCACGCACAACAGUGUCUAGGGUUUACCCAGAAUGGUGCAACAAACAAAAAACAUCCAGUCGAUGGCAGGCAGUCCAAUGGACGAAAACAUCUUGUUGAUGAGAGGUCGAAGGAGAAUGGCAAGAAUCGUGCAAGCUAACAGACGGGCCACCAACAGGCAACUAACGGUGUAGCGCAACAGUAGUGUGCAGAACAGCAUCUCGGAACGCACAACUCGUCAGUCCUUGCCACAGAUGGGCUGUUGCAGCAGACGAACACACCGGGUUCCACUCAUAUCAGCUAAAAACAAGAAGGGUCUCCAGUGGGCAUGCCAUCACCAACACUGGACAACUGAGGAGUGGAAAAACAGUGCCUGGUCCGAUGAAUCCCGGUUCCUGUUGAGUCAUGCUGAUGGCAAAGUCAGGAUUUGGCUUAAGCAGCAUGAGUCCAAAUCAAAUGAAAUCACAUUUUAUUGGUCACAUACACGUGUUGAGCAGAUGUUAUUGCGG